AUGAGAGCUGGCCAGCUUAGAGCAGGCCUUCGAUACGUGCAUUUGUAUCAGUCUAAAAACUUGGAUAAGAAUGGUUUAAAAACACACAGCACUCAGGACCUUCUGCAAUUGUUGGGCUUCGUCAAGCAAAGCCAAAGUGGUCUAGUGCAUUGGCUACCGCUAGGUCUUCGUACGCUGAACAAGAUCAAAAGCAUUAUAAAAAGCCGCAUGGAAGACCACGGGAAAGCACAGGAAGUUUCUUUGAGCGUGUUAUCGCCAAAAUCGCUUUGGGAGAGCACUGGCAGGUGGAAAAACGGUGAAUUGUUCAAAUUAAAGGAUUCCAAAGGAUCUGAGUUCUGUCUCGCUCCAACGUGCGAGGAAGAGAUCACCUCGUUAAUGGGAAGCUACAUCUCGAGCUACAAAGAUUUGCCGUUGACAGUUUACCAAAUCGGCAGAAAAUACAGAGACGAGAAAAGACCCAGAGGAGGCCUCUUGAGGGGACGUGAGUUUCUAAUGAAAGACGCAUAUUCUUUCGAUCAGACCAAAGAGGAUGCUGUCACUACGUUCCAGAAUAUGAACGAAACCUACAACUUGAUUUUCAAAGAUCUCAAAGUACCUUUUGUAAGUGCUUGGGCUGACUCCGGCGCUAUUGGAGGCGAUAUGAGCAAAGAAUAUCAUUUCGUGCAUGAAACUGGCGAAGACGUUGUUCUUGAAUGCGAUAACUGCAAAAAUGUGUCAAAUGUCGAAAAAUGUGUCUCUUAUCCUCACGAAACGAACACCUACACUGGAGAUGUCAGCGUACGGUACGCUUUGAGCUCAGCACGGAACACACUGAUCUGUUUAUAUUACCCUAGCAACAAGACGCUCAAUUGGAACUUGGUUUUGGCCGCUAUGGAAAAAGAUGUGGACUCUUCUUUGGCUGAUGCAAGCAACGAAACAGUUCUUCAAUUAUUUCACGCUGAUAAGAACGAAGAUGAUCUGAUGUUCUCGUCUGUCAUUCGUGUCAUGGACUGUAGACUUAGCUCGAAGGCCAACUUUCCUGACUUUCCUUUGAAACAGUAUCUCAAAAGUAAUUUCUCACAACUAGACGACGUAAGUCUGGUAGAUGCCGAGGAGGGCGAGAUAUGUGGGUCCUGCGAGGAAGCCAAAUUGAAAGCAUCCAACAGCAUUGAAGUGGGGCACACUUUCUAUCUGGGUCAGAAGUACUCGAAACCGUUCAACGUCAAGUUCACUACCAGGGACAACACGGAACAGAUGUGUGAAAUGGGCUGCUACGGAAUUGGGGUCAGUCGCCUAGUAGCUGCUAUCGCCCAGGUAACGCGUGAUGAAAUGGGGCUAAGAUGGCCCAAGGCUGUGGCCCCAUAUCAAAUUUCUGUAUGUGGGGCCAAGUCCGAUGAUCUUUUAGAAGAGGUCACCAAUAGUCUUCGGGCCCGGAGUUCUGAAAUAUGGGUGAACGAGGACCCUAAGGCGAACUUGGGACGAAAAAUAGCUACUAGUCACACUCUGGGCAUCCCCGUUUGCAUCAUCGUUGGCAAGAAACAGUGGCCAUACCUCGAUAUCGAAGUCCGCGCACCAUACAUGACAGACGCAUGGCGCAUCUCACAGGCUGAAAAUGGGGCCGCUUGGGGAUGGACUUGUGAUGAAAUGAUAGAAGAGCACGAUCUUGUCAAGAGACACAGGUGUCACAAGGAUCAUCUCAAAGACGUAGUAGACGUGAUAUUGACAGAUAUGUAA